AUGGUCCCUUCUGAGCUAGAAAUUAUAAAGCAAGAUUUUGAAAGAAGAAACUCUGAGCUUGAGAAGAAGCUAGGGCAAAUGGAAGAGGAAAAGAUGAGUCUGAAGCUGGAUGUGGAUGUUCAAAAGCUGGAAACCGAAGGCCUGAGGAAAGAAAAGCGCAAAGCUGAAGAGGAUUUGAAUAGCUUGAAGAUGGAUUAUAAGAGGCUACGUAUGUCAAUGAGAACUGCUGGAUUGGGAAAAACCUCAGAGCAGUGGUGUCAAGAAGUUCAAGAAGAAAAGGUCAAGGCUGAUAGGUGGGAAAAGAGAUUUCAGGAGGCUCAAAAGCAAAAUAAGUCCUUUGAGAGGAGUUUGUCUGAAAGCCAGAACGAAAAGGAUGAAUUAAAAGCUAGGGUGGCCGAACUGGAGGCAAUAUUACAAGACUAUGAAGCCAGAAUUGAACAUCUGGAAGCAAAUGAAGAUCCUCAAAAUGAACAGCUUCACUAUCUCCAGGAUCAAGUUGCAAGAAGGGAUCACAUCAUGGGAGAAGCUGUGGUUCAGAUUCAAGGGGUAGCUGAGCACUUGCAGACUUUGGCAGUACAAGCUGAUGUACUAAGUGUGAAGUAUGAAUCGGAAUCAGAUCAGGGGCAGAAGUUGGCAUCAUUACUUAGGGAGAUUAAGGUUCUAAGUUUCACCCCUCCACAUGAGCGAGCUCAAGCUGAAUACCCGCAAAUCUCAUCGUCACCAUCAUGCCUCAGCAAUUUCGAGCUGGAAAGAGUGAAGGAGGAGUUACCGAGACAGUUAGAGGAGAGAUGCAAGUGGCUCGAUGAGAAGUUCAAGGCGAUGGAAGUUACUGAAAGUUAUCGAGGCAUUGACGCAAAAGAGCUGAGUUUAGUGCCAGAUCUAGUACUCCCUCAUAAGUUUAAGAUGCCUGAAUUCAAGAAGUACAAUGGGACGACUUGCCCAGAGGCUCAUAUCACCAUGUUCUGCAGGCGAAUGGCUGGAUACGGGCAGCAUCCAAGUGGUAUAAUCAGUUGA